ACAAAGAUGGAAGACGUGGCAGAUGUAAACAUUGCCCGGGUCCGCGAAAAUCUGUCAAACUGGGAGGAUGACAGCUCACCCUUGGCUCCCCUCACCCCGCGGGAACGAGACUCCAUCAUAGAGGUGACGGCGGGGAGUGAGUGGCGCCCGCUGCCCCUGGGAGAAGAGGGAGAGGAAGGAGAGAAGGGGGGCGGGGAGGCCAGGCAAGACACUCCAGACCAAGCUAAACACCGCCUUCAUGACAGCCUCGCCGCCCUCAAGCUUGGCGAGGUCAAGAUAGAGUCAAGCCAGCAGUUCCUCACAUGGUUUGCUGGAGUGGAGGGUGAGAUGUGUGAGGAGCAGGACACCCCAUACAGGGACUAUGUCAACCAGCUGGAGAGUCACCGAGCUGAGUGCCACACCCUCCUGGCUCAGCUGGAUGAGGCCCUGGCUAACCUGCAGCAGCUCUCAUCACAGUACACAAGUGUGUCCAACAAGACCAGCGCACUACACACAGACUGUGAACACUUGCUGGCGGAGCAGACCAGGCUUGCCAACAAGGCCGACACCAUUGAGAGCAAGCUGAUGUACUUCAAGGAGAUCGACAAGAUAAGCCAGAAACUCAACUCUCCAGCAUUCCAGGUGACCAGCGAGGGCUUCAUUCCCCUGCUGGCCAAGAUUGACGAGUGCAUCAGUUACAUGAACACCAACAUGACAUUCCAGGAGUCCUCGUUGUAUCUUGCCAAAUACAAACACUGCCUGAGUCGAGCGCUGGGCAUGGUGAAAACGUACGUGACUAAAUCACUAGAGAAUGCCACGCAGCAGGUCAUACCAAAGUCCGGUGCGGAGAAACCCACCACAGACAAUGCUGCCGUGCUGUACUACGGCAAAUUUAGGACUAAUGCGCCUCGAAUCAAGUCACUCAUGGCGGAGAUAGAGGACAGGGUCGAAAACAGCCCUGAGUACACUAACCUGCUGAGUGAUUGCCACCAGUGUUACUUUGCACAGAGAAACAAGCUGCUGGGGCCGUGUGUGACUGAUGCAGUGGCCCAGCUGUCACAGCAAUACCAGCGGGACUACUGCUCCCUGGUGCGCAGUGGCUGUGCCUUCCUGGUGCAUGUAUGUGAGGACGAACACGCACUCUUCCACCAGUUCUUCUCCACCACCACCCCAGAGCUGGACUCCUUCCUGCAGUCCCUUUGCACCGGCCUCUAUGAUGUGCUGCGACCACUCAUCAUCCACAUUGACCACCUAGAAACACUGUCUGAGCUAUGUAAUAUUCUCAGGAGAGGGAUGAUUGAGGAGCAUCUACAGAACAACCCCACACAGCUUGCCCCGCUCACCUCCGUGGUACACCAGAUGCUAGAAGACUCACAGGAGCGGCUGGUGUACCGUGCCCAUAUCUACGUCCAGACAGACAUUGCCAACUUCUCCCCAUCGCCUGGAGACUUAGCCUACCCCAGCAAACUCCAGAUGAUGGAAAGCAUUGCCGAGAGUUUAGCCAGCCAGCGGAAACAGAUGCACUCUCGCAACGCCUCCAUCUCCUCCAUGUCUUCCAUUAGAUCUGCCACCAGUGAAGAGGUUGCCAACAUAACUGGUGCAGCAGAGGAAAGGUUCUCCCGGGUGGGCACAUCCCCUGCUGACCUGCACGGCAUGUGGUACCCAACAGUCCGCCGCACCCUCAUGUGCCUUUUCAAGCUGUACCGGUGCGUGGAUAGGAGCAUAUUCCAGGGUGUGUCGCUGGAGGCCCUGUCAGCGUGCAUGCAGAGUCUGAGCAGAGCGUCAGCCACCAUCAGCAAGACGUCAUCACCUCUGGAUGCUCAGCUCUUUGAAAUCAAGCAUCUCCUCAUUCUUAGGGAACAAAUGGCACCUUUCCAGGUUGAUGCGUGUUUGCAUGAGACAAGUCUGGACUGGAGCAAGGUGCGGACAGCUGCUCUUGGCCUUGUGCAGAAGAGAGGGCGGCUCUUCUCACUGUCCUCCAAUAAUGCCUUGCUGGAAUUCAUUGUAGAGGGAACACCGCAAGUGACAGAACAAAGACUGGACUCCAAGAGGGAUCUGGAUAACCGGCUGAAGAAAUUGUGUGAGCUGCUUAUCCUCACCUGUACAGAGACACUAUCCGGCCCCAUCACUGUGUUCCUCGCCAAGGCAGAGGUCAUACUGCAGAUGAACCGAGAGGAAAGUGUCAAACCCAUUGUACUCAAGAACCAACCCUUCGCUGUGCCGGAAAAGACUGGCGAUGUGGUGAGCACCUGCCUCAAGAACAUCCGAACUCACCUUCCUAACAUCCAGCGCAGCAUGCAGCUUUAUCUAGCUAACCGGGACACAGAGUUCAUUCUGUUCAAACCUGUCCGUACAAAUGUCCUCACCUCCUUCUCCAAACUCUCAGAAGUCAUUGCCGCUAAUUACAACGAGGAGGACAGAACAAUAAUUGGGUGUCCAUCUCAAGAGGAAGUCUCGGCGCUACUGUCGUCACUGUUCAAGAGUUAAUGAUGCGUGUGUUUCUAAGGUGCUGCAUAUUUUAAAACUUUUCUAGGACUCAAUUGGAGAUAUUGUACAUACCCUCUUUGUUUUUCUCCUUCAGAUUUGUUGCUUUGUUUGUAAGCAGGUGCAGAAUGAUGGUGUGUUGUAAUUUGAUCUGGUGAAAGCAGUGCUGUUGUUAUAUUUCACUUGCAUUGUUUGUAAAUCUAUGCAAAUUUGAGCUUGUGAGUGAUUUGUACCACACUGAAGUCCACAGUUUUGUGUGCACCGUCAGCACAACAGUUACAAUGUGUUUGGCUUGAAUAUUAUCCAGAAUAGCUAUUUAUGAUGACUCAAUUCCAGCCACUUUCUUGAGUGGCCAAGCAAAUCUUUGCUAAGGUGAAGCAUUCCUGUGUGUGGAAGCUGCAGCGCAGCGGGUGGACUGACACCAGUUGUGAGGCAGGAAGUCUUUGAGCACCAUUGUAACUCCCUCUGAGUACAAGCAUCUUUGAGGUGAAAAGUCCAUGGAUGAGAUGUACCAAAGUAUGAGCUGUAAUUCAGAGUAUGCUUUGUAAUGAUGUGUAAUUAAAUUAAUUACACAAUUUACAACAGAAUUUCAGAUUUACAGAAAUAGGUUUUUAUAGGAAUAAUUCUGUGGAAUCAAAUGAAGGAGCAAGAAGUGGUGAUGUGGAGGCAGCUCUGUAAAGAUUGGCAUGGUGGUGUGUGCUGAGGAGAUGAGGUCCUGGGGUGCUUGCUGUGUGGAGGUAGUGGAAUGAGACAGUGAAAUGAGUGGUGGUGUGAGGCAGUAAGUGUGGUUGUAACUUAGAAAUAUGUAUAUGAAGUGUGGCUAUAAUUAAUGAACAUGAUAACAAGAUCUGCUGUGAGAGAUGUAAGGCUGAGAGAAGAUCACUGAAAGACAUUGUGAAAGAGAGUGCUAGAUGCAAGUGCAAUAUCUAUGGAACAAGAAAGGGUAGUUGCACAUCAUAGAUCAACCUAAACAGAGUGGUACAAUGGGAACAAUCACUCUCUCUCUCUCUCUCUCUCUCUCUCUCUCUCUCUCUCUCUCUCUCUCUCUCUCUCUCUCUCUCUCUCUCUCUCUCUCUCUCUCUCUCUCUCUCUCUCUCUCUCUCUCUCUCUCUCUCUCUCUCUCUCUCUCUCUCUCUCUCUCUCUCUCUCUAAAAAGGGCAUAGAAAAAAAAUACCUUAAACUGGUGAACUAUUUUGGCAUGAAAAAUACACACAUCUACACACAGUUCUGUAUUUCCAUCAUGUAGGCUUAUCCCAGGUUAUUUUUCAUUAGUAACAGACCAAUGAGAGGAAAUGUUAGAAAUAUCAUUGUUGUAGACAUCAUGAUUUGACUACCUGCUUAUAAAGUGGACAUCAGCCUGGGAUAUAGAUAGGUAGAAAUAUGCCUACUACUGCACACCUACUUUGAGAACCUGGAUAUUCACUUAACAAACAAUAACUUAAGUGGUGAUGUGAAUAAGUGAACAUACAGCUUGGUGAUGGAGAUGCCAGGGAUGAGAGAGAGAGAGAGAUGAAGUGAUGGAGGGAGAUAGUGAAAAAUGAGUGAUAGGGUAUGGAAAGUGAUGAUGCUGAGAGAGAGAGAGAGAGAUGGGUAGUGAUGGGUGCCUAGGGUGAAAAAUGGGUGAGGAGUCAGUGCUGGGAGAUUGGAAUUGAUGGUGCCUAGGGUGAGUGAGUGCAGGGUGCCAGGAUGAGGGAGAGUGUGGCAGGUGGAGGCAAGGAGUGUCUCAGAUGCCACAAGAGGACCAGAGUUUCCUGUUCCAUUUGUUAAGUUAAAUGAAAUCGAGUGCAUUUUAUAUUUUUUUUUUCUAUCUUUCUUUCAGGAGCAUUGAGGUAUUAGAAAGUGUGGCCUGUUAGUUCUGCCAUGAUAAAUUAAGGAACACACACACACACACACACACACACACACACACACACACACCAUUUGUCAAACUAUUUAUAAUGAAGAAACGGAUAUCUGUGAUGCAAGACUGUAGUUGUUAAGGUAAUGUUUUGAUUAAAGUUGUUUUCAGAUAUUUAAAUAUGUUGUUUUAAGACAAAAUAUAUAAGAAUGUGAUGA